AUGACCCAAGAUUAUGAUGCUAUUAUUAUAGGUGCAGGGGUUGUGGGCCCUUGCAUAGCAACAGCAUUUGCAAGACAAGGCAGAAAAGUAUUAAUCUUGGAAAGAGAUUGGUCUAAACCAGAUAGGAUUGUGGGCGAGCUUAUGCAACCAGCUGGAGUUAAAGCCUUACGUGAACUAGGAAUGGCAAAGGCUGUCAACCAUAUAAAUGCAGUGCCCUGUACUGGUUACUAUGUGAAAUACUUUGAUCACCAUGUGACCAUUGACUACCCCACCAAGGAAGUAGCUCAAGUGACAAACCCAAUGAAACCAAUAAACGAGAUUACAACUCCUGAAAAUGAGAAAAUAGGCCUGGACUUGACAUUAAAUAUGAAAGAAUGGGAUGAAGAUGAAAAAGUAAGAGGAGUUGCGUUCCAUCACGGUGAUUUUUUGCAAAAUCUUCGAGCCAUUUGCAAAAACGAACCAAAUGUCACAGCUGUUGAAGCAACCGUAACAAAAAUUCUUCGAGACGAAAAUGACACUGCAAUUGGAGUGAAAGCAAAGCAAAGAGAGAAUGAUGAAAUUGUUGAAUACCAUGGUAAAUUGAUCAUUAGUUGCGAUGGAAUUUACUCCAAAUUUAGAAAAGAGUUGAGUCCCGAUAAUGUACCGACUAUAGGCUCCUAUUUUAUUGGACUUUAUUUGAAAAAUGCCAAUCUUCCAGCAAAGGGCAAAGGGCACGUUCUCUUGGGCGAGCAUGCACCUGUUCUCAUUUAUCAAGUUUCUCCUACAGAAACCCGUGUUCUUUGUGCUUAUAGAUCAACGAAACCCCCUUCUGCGGCAAAUAACGAAGUUUACAAGUACUUGAAGGAUUCUGUGCUUCCGAAUAUACCAAAGGAAACUCUUCCAGCGUUUGCAGAGGCACUAGAAGCUAAACAAUUUAGAAUCAUGCCAAAUCAAUAUCUUUAUGCCAUGAAACAAGGUAAACAACGCGGCUUUAUCCUUUUAGGUGACUCGCUCAAUAUGAGGCACCCGCUCACGGGUGGUGGAAUGACUGUGGGGUUGAAUGACGCUGUUUUGUUGGCUAAGUUACUCAAUCCACAUAAUGUCGACGAUUUUGCCAAUCAUGAUCUCAUAAGUGAAAAGCUUGCUAUUUUCCAUCGAAAAAGAAAAAAUUUGGAUGCAGUUAUUAACACAUUAUCGAUUGCAUUAUACUCUCUUUUUGCCGCCGACAAAAAUUCGCUCGAGAUUUUGCAAAAAGGAUGUUUUAAAUAUUUUGAACGUGGCGGCGAAUGUGUCAAUGGACCUAUUGGGCUACUUAGUGGAAUGUUACCAUUUCCAAUGCUAUUGUUCAAUCAUUUCUUUAGCGUUGCAUUCUAUUCGAUAUAUGUCAAUUUUAUUGCGAGGGGUUUUGCUGGUUUUCCCAUUGCAAUUUACGAAGCAUUCGACGUGUUGUUUACUGCAGUAGUAAUCUUUACGCCGUAUUUAUGGAAAGAGUUGGUGAGGUAG